GACCCAUCAUUAGUUUGGCCACUAACGCAGCAGUUUUGCUGACAGGCAGACAGACGGACAAUCGAAUAGUGACAGUAAGGUGUUUUGUGACCCGGAAGAGCAUUAUUGAAAGUUUGUUUUACAUAAAGGAUAAUUUUUUGAAAGGCAAUGGCCCCUUCAGUAGGCGAGUACUACGCAGGCAAGAAUGUGCUCAUCACGGGGGCUACAGGGUUCGUUGGAAAGAUCCUGGUGGAAAAGCUACUGCGCUCCUGCCCCGAGCUGAAUACCAUCUACCUUCUGCUACGCCAGAAGAAGGGAGUGUCCAGCGAAGAACGGCUGCGGGAGCUUAUCAGCAAUAAGCUUUUCAAUCCCCUGCGAGCCAAGCAACCGGAUAUCUUCAACAAACUACGUCUUGUAGCCGGAGAUAUCCUGGAAGACGAGUUGGGACUCAGUAAUGAUGAUAGACAGGAGCUGCAAAGACGCUGUCAUGUGGUGUUCCACAGUGCUGCUUGUGUGCGUUUUGACCAGAAACUCAAAGAUGCUGUAAACUUGAACACAACCGGGACUUUACGAGUCAUGAAACUUGCCGAAAAAAUGGAAAAUUUAGAGGUGUUAGUCCACAUCUCGACUGCCUACUGCCGUUGCGAGCUGGACGUACUGGAAGAAAAACUCUAUCCCGCCGUCCAUAAGCCCGCCUGGAUCAUGGACAUAGUGGACUGGAUGGAUGACAGCAUGCUGGACUAUUUGGAACCCAAACUGAUCGCUCCCGAGCCUAACACUUACGCAUACACCAAAGCCAUAACUGAAGACAUGGUCGCAGAAUAUGGCAAGAAGUUCCCCGUUGCCAUCGCGAGGCCUUCUAUUGUGGUGGCAUCCCUGAAGGAGCCGAUCCCCGGCUGGGUGGACAACUUGAAUGGACCCACGGGCUUGAUCAUUGGCAGUGGAAAAGGUGUUAUCCGCACCAUGCACUGCGAGCCCUCGUACCUAGCUGACGCCAUGCCGGUAGAUGUGGUCGUGAACGCUUGCAUCCUUCUAGCUUUUGCUACUGCCAUUGAAAGACCCCAAGAGGCCAAGUUUUUCAACGUCACGAUGUCCGGUGCGCUGCGCUGUACGUGGGGGGAGAUGAUAAGACUGGGAGAGUAUUGGGUGAACAUGUACCCACCGACCAUGGCGCUCUGGUACCCAGGCGGCUCCAUCAAGUCCUACUGGCUCUGGCACCAGUUCUGUCUGGUCACCACACAGCUGAUCCCAGCUUAUCUCAUCGAUAUGCUGUUGUUUCUGCUCGGGAAGAAGACUUUUAUGGUGAAAGUCCAGGAGAGGAUCAGCCACGGACUGGACGUGCUUCAAUACUACACCACCAAGGAAUGGCAUUUCAAGAACACUAACUUCAUUGCUCUUCGUUCUAAGGUGUCAGAGGCCGAUAACGAAACGUUCUUCACCGACGUGAGCAAGGUGGACGUGAACGACUUCCUGAAGAACUAUAUGAUCGGAGCCCGGGAGUACUGCUGUAAGGAGGACCCGAGCAAUCUGGAGCGAGCCAGGAAGCUACAUAACAUACGAUACUACGUAGACCGCGUGACUCGCUGCAUACUGAUCUUCCUGCUCUGCUGGUUCCUCUACAGCUAUGUGCAUGUGUUCACCGCGGCCAUCGAAUACCUCGACGUUUCAUUGAAGAAUAUAUCUCCGUAUUAAAAGGAAAGGGGACGACCGGUUCUCCAAACAAGCGUGGUCCCCAUUUUCCUCUCUGUAUAUUUAAUUAUUAUGAAAAAUAUUUUACUAAAUUUGAUUGUUUCGUGUGAAUGGGGCUUGGCUUGAGAAAUGUAAUUACAGUGACAGAUAGGUAGGUAAUAGGGUUGUUUCCAUCUACAAAUCUUAGGGCAGAAUUGUAUCCCAAUAAAUUCUUUUGGAUUAUAAGAACAUGUUAAACUACUUUUAGGGGACUUUGAAAUGACCAUAUUUUUGUAAAUAUUGAAUUUAAAAUAUCUUUUGGCACACCUCACGUGACCAAACUCGAAACGUCAUUGAAGAUUCUGAUGACGUCACAACUCUCGGAUUGACACUGUUGACAGUUAUGCGAUAAACAACAAAUGACAAAUGUCAGUUGAGAGUUCGUAUCUUCUACGUGUGUAUGUAGUUAUGUGUCAAACCGUAAACUGUGACGUCACACAAUUUCCAAAGAGCGUUUUGGGCGCGAAAGCAUCUGUCAAUAUAUAUUUUGUUAAUUUAACAUAUUUAAAGCCGUUUUUAGUAUAAAAGUUAAAUUUUAGGGCAACUUUUAGUUAAUAUAGAACGUAAUACAAGCGUUUCAAAAAAUUGGAAACAACCCUAUUGUUAGAGACCUAUCAUUUCUACACAUAAUUCUGCAGUAGUUAUUAUAAAUGAUUCUACGCGCGUAUUUUGUAGGCACGAACUCUUUAUUAUUUACUUGUAAUAAUAAACUUAUCUGGUAUACGUAUGCGUAUUUUCAAUAUACUCAUAAAUUAGCACAUUCACAUUCUUAUAAAUUACGUAGAGUCAGACCAAGAUAAGUUUGCAGC